GGCAACUUGAAUUUAAGUGAAUAAUAACUUAGUAAGCAACAGGACCAUCACUCCCAUUCGUCAGGUGCUUUUUUUUUCCCCUCUAGAGAAAUCGAGAUCUUCGUAAUCGGGUGCUGAGCAAUUGUUGUGAUGUAGGCUCUGAUAAAUAAGAAAAUAGAUAUUUGGAUAACUCUUACAUUUCCCUGAUUUCAGUAAAUCUUAUUUCAAAAAGUAGACAAGAAAUGUUAUCAAAUGAAACAAUAACAGUAGAUAAUUGUCUGCCUGUUGCAUCGCUCAGUGACAGCCAAUGUCACAAUAGUGUUCUUUUCAAUUGUGAAACAUUUUUUAGACAAAAGCUGAAUACAGAUCUUUAUUAUUUUCAAGAAAAUAUUCCCAGCAUGCUUUCAGAACACCAAACUCAUAGUAAACAAUUAUUAUAUACAGCGGAUACUGCUGUGUUUCCUAUUAGUGAGUUAGAACCAAAGAGGAUAUCUGGUAUUUAUGUAUCUGAUCUAGAUGAGGUUGAUGAAGAAGCCUUAGCUUAUGAGGACAACUUCUUUGUUAAUAACUGUUUUACAGAUGAAAAGCAACCCCUUGAAGCCAAAUCCAGACUGAUGAUUGAGCUCCUUUCCUUAAGUUGCCAGUUGACAGCCUUACUAAACUUACCAAAAUUCUCUGCAACAGAAACAUAAGUGCAUUGAAAUUCUCAUGAUUAAAUAUAAUAUAUACAUCAAUAAUUAAAAAUACUUCAGUUAGGCAUAUGUUGCUGUUUAUAUUUUUCAGACUGUUAAAGAUUUUCUUUAAAGCUAAUUUUUAAAAUGUUUUUUUAAUACUUUAAAAUACAAAUUCAUUAGAAAAUUAAUUUAAGUAAUAAACUUCAUUUGCAACUAUAGAAUAUUUUUUAAGCUAUGUUUGGGUAUGAAUUUUAGUACCAUUCUUAGUUUUUUUUUUAUAAGACAAUGUCAUUGGCAUAAGCAAGAUAUUGUAGAUGUUGGCUGUAUAUCGCCCCUUGUUGGUUGUGGACCUAAGUACUUAUUAAUUGUUCCCCUUGUGUUUAUGUGUACAUUCCUUUAGUGUCAAAUUGAACACUCUACUUGUUUUUAAUCCUACAUUCAUGUGAGUUUCUUCAUUUGCCUGUACUAUGAGUUUUUGAGUUGUUUAAUGUCCAAUUUGAUUCCCAUUUAUCUAAUUCUUUUAGUCUAAUUUUUGUUUCUGUACUAGUGCAAUAAAGUAGGUAAUAAAUUCAUGUAAAUUGGAAACAGUAGUGGCUCUAAGUAAUACUCCUUACGAUACAUUUGAGUUUACUAUUAUUGCUAAUUUGGACCCAUUUAUGGUUACAGUUUCCUCUAUACCUAUCAUGAAAUUUUGAAUCCAUUGGUGUAAUGAACCAUAAAGUGCCUAAGUAUUUUAAAUUUUUAAGCAAGCUCUUUAGUUGUGAAAUUUGAUAUUUAAUUCCAAAAUCCAUGUUGGUAAGGACAUUAUGUUUAUCUAAGUGGUAUAUGUUGCCAUACAUUAUGUUUUCUAUUAUUUUACAUGCAGUCUUGGUGAGUGGAACUGGUCUGUAGUUCCCUGAAUCACAUUCAACCAGAGGGGAGACAUUAAUUCUUUCUAGUCCCUUGGUAAUCUAUGCAGGUUAAGUGAAGCUUGAAAAACUGGUGCAAGUGUCAAGAUGGGUUAAUAGCAUUACAUAUAAGAAACUGUUAUAAUAAUGCAACUGCUCAAACUUAAAUUUACACUAGGAGUUAAUGUCAUAAAGGAUGUAGAGGUGCAAUUGAUUAUUAAUUGUGUAAAAAGUUGAUUUAAUAUGUUUUAACCUGAUUGAUUCUUUUUUCUACAAUCAGUGAUUUGUUGUUUUUAUUGCUAAUAAAUCCUUGUUUAUCUGUCCUAUGUUUCCUAGAAAUUUUGAAAUCUUUUUAACUGGUCCCACAAGUUACAUAAAUUACAUGCUCCUUCAAAGAAGAUAAUUAUGUAUAGUAUAAUUACAAAUAAAGCACAAAUUACAUUUGCCUUGAUGCUCACUAACAAA